AUGGCGGCGGAGCGGAACACGCUCGGGGCCAGAGCCGGGGUCUGGAUCGCGGUAAGAGCCGGGAGCCGGCGCGGGUCGGUCCGCUUAUUUCCUCUCUUGCUCCUGCUCGGGUUGGCUACCCGCAGCUCCGCUCUCUACUUCCACAUCGGAGAGACGGAGAAGAAGUGCUUCAUUGAGGAGAUCCCGGACGAGACUAUGGUUAUAGGGAACUACCGGACCCAGCUGUAUGACAAGCAGCGGGAGGAGUACCAGCCCGCCACCCCUGGCCUGGGCAUGUUCGUGGAAGUUAAAGACCCGGAUGACAAGGUUAUUCUUUCUAGGCAAUAUGGUUCAGAGGGCAGAUUCACUUUCACUUCUCACACUCCUGGAGAGCACCAGAUCUGCUUACACUCCAAUUCCACCAAAUUUUCCCUCUUUGCUGGAGGUAUGCUGAGGGUUCACCUGGACAUUCAGGUAGGUGAACAUGCCAAUGACUAUGCAGAGAUUGCUGCCAAAGACAAGCUGAGUGAGUUGCAGCUUCGAGUUCGGCAGCUAGUAGAGCAAGUAGAACAGAUACAGAAGGAGCAGAAUUACCAGAGGUGGCGAGAAGAGAGGUUUCGACAGACCAGUGAAAGCACCAAUCAGCGAGUUCUGUGGUGGUCCAUUGUCCAGACUCUAAUCCUUGUGGCCAUUGGUGUCUGGCAGAUGAGGCACCUCAAGAGUUUCUUUGAAGCCAAGAAGCUGGUGUGAGAGGUCCAGGACACGGGGGCAAGAGAGUUUCUUCCCAGAAUGCAGGACUCAUGGGACUGUCUUUGGCUUAUCCUGCCUCUUCUUCCAGCCACAACUGAUGCCCCUUCUUGCUGACUCUGAUGGGAAUUGGAAAGCCUAGGACAUUUUCCUAUCUCCCAGGGCAGGCUCCCUUGUUCCCAUAAAAAGGGAAGGGGUUUGGAAAUGGGUUUCUUUCUGUCAAUACAGGGAAGAGAAUGGGUUUCCAGCCAUAAGGAAACCCACUCUCCUCCCCUGGCUAACUUUGCCUCUGCCUUUGACCAACUCUUUGGAGAGUGAAUCAGAAAGCAGCUGGUAUCCUCACCCUGGAGGAUGUUUGCAAAUAGCUUUAUUAUCUUUGCUGAGUUGGUGCCUAGUGUGAGUCCAGCCCUUUCCCCUUGGGUUCAGUGUCCUUUGCUGGGGCUCUUUGCAGUAAUCCCCCUGGGGAAUGGGUCUAAGAGAAAUCGCUGCUGGUGAAAGAGAUUACAGGCCAUUCAGCACUUCUAAAAAACCAGUGUUAACUUUUCAGGGAUUGAGAGUUGGCUUUUGAUUUCCUUUAAAAGUCUUCCUUUGUUGGCUUGGCAUUUUGGAAUUGGGCUGGAGUGUAGAUAGCUUGGGGGCUUUCUUAUUCUCUCACCUUGACCUCUUGGGUCUGGGGUCUCUCUAGUGAGAUACCUCUCAGAGUUAGGCCCCAAUAAAAAUGCAUUGUGGGAAGAUCAACUCUGGGAAGGGUGAAUUAAUUUUAUUCAACCCUUUUCAGAGUUCAGUUUAUCCUCUCUAGGUUCUGGGCUAGAGUGAAUAGAGUCAGGCCAAGUGGCUUAAGCACUGGGUAGAGGGGGAUUGGGGCUGCAGGGAUCUUAGUUACAAUUUCAUUGUGAAUACCUCCUGGUUUGUUACAUGGAUUUCCCAAUAAAAAAACAUUUUUGGCCUGGUA